UUUAUUUUACAAUUAUUCUUUUUGGAAUCCUUGCUUAUCCAUUUUAUGCCGUUUCUUUGGCUAUUGAUGGAGUUUGGUCAAAUUACAAUCGUAAUUUGUAUUACAACUGAGCCCUAUAACUUUUAUUACUCAACUCAAUUACUUGAUACAGGCUUUUUUAUAAACUUGACUUCUUUUAUUUGUUAUUUGUUCGUUUGGUAUUUUGUUUCGAAAGCAAAUAAUGUUACAAGUACGUCGGACCUUACAUUAAUAUUCAUCUAA